GAACGCAGCAGCAGCAGAAGCCACCGGGGGAAGUGGAGGGUGGAAUCAACAGGCUCUUUCAUACUAUGAAGCCAGACGACUAGCAGCAAGGAGCCUGAGCCCUGACUGAGAAAGGAGCUGAGAUGGGGUCCUUCCUCUUUAUGCUGUUGGUUUUGGUGUUGCACGCUGAGGCCUGGCCAGACCUGGGGCAAUCCAAACAGAGGGCCCAGAAGUGUGUCCGAUGCUGCAGUCCCACAGGACCCCCUGCUGCUGUCCCUCCCCCUUCCAGUAGGAUGAGUAACCAUCCCUCAUGGGUGAUGCCCCGGCUGCAGCCCACCAUUGACAUCACCAUUCUUAAAGGAGAGAAAGGUGAAUCGGGAGAAAAAGGACAAUCCGGAGUGAGUGGGAAGGAGGGGAUACCCGGCCAACGAGGGUACAGAGGACGGAAAGGCCAGAAAGGACAAAUUGGCCUGCCAGGAAAUUCCUGCAAGCAUGUCUACGAAGCCUUCUCAGUGGGCCGGAAAAAGGUCCUCCACAGUAAUGACUACUUCCAAGACGUCACGUUUGACACAGAAUUUGUGAAUCUCUACAAGCAUUUUAACAUGUUCACGGGUCGGUUUUCCUGUUACGUGGCCGGCGUCUACUUCUUCAACCUAAAUGUGCACACCUGGAACUUCAAGGAGACCUACCUGCACCUGAUGAGGAACGACCAGGAGGCAGCCAUCCUGUACACCCAGCCCAGUGACCGGAGCAUCAUGCAGAGCCAGAGCCUCAUGCUGGACCUGGAAGAGGGAGACGAGGUCUGGGUGAGGAUGUUCAAGCGAGAACGAGAGAAUGCCAUCUACAGUGAGGAAUCAGACAUCUACAUCACCUUCAAUGGUCACCUGAUUAAACCCACUGAUGACUAGCUGCCCCUUUUGCAACUCCCCCAAGACCCAAAGUCAAGAAUACAUGGAUCAAGUACCAAGUGCAGGGUGUGGUGGGACAUUGGGGAACGGCUGAGCCAAGUAGACCAUGCAUCCCACGUCUAGGGAUAGUAUCUGGGAAUCUGGGGCCUGUAGAGACAGAGGAGUCAAAUGGAGCAUCCAUCCCACAUCCAGGGACAUUAUCUGGUUAGGUAGCCAGUCUGGGGGUGGGGGGAGGAAGUGUCCAUCAAAUGUAUGGCACUCCCCAUAGUGUAGACACGAGACUGGGAUAGAUUCCUACCUCACAGGUUAAGUGACCCAGGCAACUUUUAUCAGAAGCAUGAUGUGAGGUGCUAUGUCACCCCCCUGGGCAAAACUAAUCACAGCCAUGUUGAAUGCACUUUUGGUCUUAAAUGACUUGAGUUGUCUACAUAGGCACAGUUUAGCAGACGAUUAUCCGCUUUUUCCCUUUACUUUGUGCUAUAUAGACCAAGGUCUACAAUCCUAAGAAGACUGCUUUUUCAAAACCCCCACACAGAUAGUUCAU